AAACUUUUUAAUUCCCUUGGAAUGUUAUGGAGAUAAGAGUUACAGAGUUACAACAACUUCAUAGCAUCGAGAGACGACGGCAAGGAAGGGAAGAGAAACAAUGGUGGAGGUGUGGUGGUCACUGAUAGGAGCAGCAGUACCUGCACUAGUUGCAGGUCAAGCAUGGAGGAUAAAGAAGAGACGUGGAGAUGAAGAGAGGAUUAAGAGUGCUAGAGGAAGAGAGAAGAGCUCUGAUGAAAUCUUUGUCUGUGAAAGAGUUUGCACUUCUAAAAGAAUGCUUAAGAAAGUUGGCGCUUUCUCUAAAGAUCCCAUUCCUGACACUUGUGUUACUGUCUGCGGUGUAUCUGAGCUUGACGCUUGCUCUGAUGCUUGUGCUCGAACUGUUUGCGUUAACCAGCAUCAAGUUGCUAAUUGGAAUGACAUUUGUCUAAGGAGAUGUCAAAGUGAAUGUCUUAAGCUCUCUUCUUCUUCCUCUUCUUCCUCCUCUCGUUUUUCUUGAAUUUGGAAGGAUUUGAUUUGUUGUUGUUGUUGUUACCUUUUGAAAUGGAAAUGGUAUUUUGAGUCUGAAGUUUUUAUAAGGUAUAAUAACAUUA